GCGCUAAUUCGCGACUAGUUCAUAAUUCCAAUAGCCUAUCUGUGGGAAAUUUUUGCCACAAGCAGUUGGAGCGAAGGUCGGAGUCGUAUCGCGAUGCCUAGCCUGAAGAGCCAAAAUCGGCCAGACGAAGUAAUUCGUCAUGCCCUAACCUGCUAACCGACAAAGUGAAACACUGAGAUUCGAAAAACGGAAAAAAACUGCACAGCAGGUACCGCUUUGUCGAACUGAGUCCCAGCCGUAUGCAUGCGUGAUAUACUGAAAGUUUGCGCACAGCACAAACCGAACAGACCAAAUUGGCAGAUUGGUGGCUAUGCUGAUACUUCAUUAAAUGAAGCUUGUUCCAUAAGUUAUGACGCUGGAGUCCACAGGCCGAGGCCAGCUAACGAAGAGGACAUUCGAAGCAGCUUCGAAUCGAGUGGCAGGAUGUCUUCAUGUGCUCCUCAUAACAACGGGAAGUGUAGCGUCCGUGAAGGCCCCUUUGAUCGUGGAAGGACUGCUUCAGUACUCAACCGUUCGCGUUCAAGUUGCAUCGUCAAAACCGUCUCUUGCGUUCUUUAAUCGUAAUGCUGUCGAAUCACAGCACCAAAAUGAAGGCGUAAAAGUUUGGACGGAUGACGAUGAGUGGGAGUCAUGGGGAAAAAUUGGAGAUCCCAUCUUACACAUCGAACUCAGGCGAUGGGCAGACGUUGUGCUGAUUGCACCAUGUUCAGCAAACACGAUGGCAAAGAUAGCAAACGGAAUCUGUGAUAAUUUGGUUACCUCCCUUCUACGAGCUUUGGCGCCCACAACACCUACGAUCGUCUUCCCCGCAAUGAACACCCUGAUGUAUGAACAUCCUCUGACUGCCGUGCACUUGAAGACUAUCAAAGAAGUCAUCGGAUACGAAGUCAUUGCUUGUGGCGAGAUUGGUGUAGGGGCCAUGACCGAAUGGAGAGAUAUCGUCAGAUUAGUGGCGACUCGGUGGCAUCUUGUAAAAGAGGAGGCCGAAUCGGCGCCAUAGCGGUUUGCUGUGUUUGUGCGUGGUAUACGCUGGGUGGCGCCUGCUCCUCGGGCAGAAGGGAGAAGGGGAAAGGCCGCAAACAUUCGCCGCGCCACACAUUCUCCAGCUAAAGAACCAAGUGGCGGGGGAGUUCAAAAAUUUACCCAUUUGAACAAGGCGCAUGCUCAGUGGCAUACCCGUCGAACAAAACAGGCCUAGGCCUAGGGUCAAAGGAGAAAAACUAGAUGGGACAAUAAACAACCCCCACCGCAGAAACCUCCGCCACGCAUUGAAUUCCACAUAUGCCAAACCCCUGUUCCUAACCAAGCUAGUGGAAUGCGUGUACUUACCUUAUACUAUCUCGCAGUGAGGCCAUAUAUAAUCUUUACCUGUGAUAGCUGUGCGCGAUGUUUGAUAUAGUCAUCCAUGUUUCUCCAAGGGUGGACGCGACCCUUGAUACUGCGCUGCAG